AUGAACACUCAGGCGGUGAUCAUGAACCAGCCUCAGGUGGUGCUUGCCCAGCACCAAAGCCCUCAAUGGCAGACGGACUUAAUGGACUGUUGCAGUGACUGCGGAGUGUGUAAGUGGGGGGGGGGGGGAGGUCAAAGAUGUGGCUGUGGCAAUGAUGCCUCAUUGAGCGUGAUGAGUUUUGUGCCGGACGGACAGAAUGCCUUUCCAGGCCACAAGCUUCUUACGAUGAGAACAGAAACUCUUUCCUGCCAUUUCCGGUUGUUUACCAAGGGAAAGGCUCGCCGGGUCAGGCAUGGCAGAAUAAAUAUGCACUCCACACAGAUGUUGUGCUAUUCUUAUUGUUCUUUGUACUUUGGUUGCUAUCAACUAACUCCAGCCAUCUGUAGUUCUCCUCCAAUGAAGACACUGCAUUGCUGUUGCAAGAAGGGCUUUUACACUCUCCAGAAGCUUGGCUCUGCCCUCACUGGGCCUGGAAGGAUCCUUUAAAAAAGUCCCAUAUGUUCAGAGACUUUGCGCCUGUUCAUUGGGGGAUAUAGGAAGCCCAGAGCACUUGUUCUUUAGAUGUCCCUUUUAUGAAGAGGCACGUAGUGAGACCAUUGAUCCCUUGCUGGUGAGGCUCGCUGACCUCCCGGAAAAGCAAAAAAUUGACCUUUUCCUGUCAGGCAAAGAUAAUAAGACGGCCCAGAUAGUCGCCAGAUUCUGUAGGCGCAGACCAUCCCCUAACCCAAACUAGUUCGUUAAGAAAACCCCCAAACUUGGUUCCAUGGAUGACUCUGGGUCAUCUCUCUGCGGUAGCUUAUCUUAAAGUUUUAAGUGUCUAUAUUCUUAUCGCAUUUAUAAAUUUUAAAUUUAUUGUUGCACAUUGUUUUAAAUGUUUGUUUUCCUUCUGGGAUUGUACCCCCAAGUGUGUUUUAUAAGCUGGUCUCCGACCAUAAUAAAUUAUCUCUGCGUUGCUGCAGUUUUGCAGACGGGCUUCACGUCAGAUGGGCAAAUGAGGACCAGACCUACCCAAUCUACACUGGAAUGGGGGAUCUCAGGCCCAGGGGGCAAAUGCAGCCUCUCUAUCUGCCCCUUGGGACUCUCCCCAGGGUACACACCCUCCCCAGAUCACACCCCUUGCUGGCCUUGCUCCACACCCUCGUAGAGUGCCCUUAUCUGACUAAAAUAUGUCCUCAACUCUGAUUCCCUGGACGGAGGAUAGAGAGUUGUGUGGAGAACAUAACCUACUAUACAUAGUUAAAAUUUACAUCCAGUGCUCCACCCACCUUUACCCCUGGCCCCGCCCACUGCUUGCACGUGACCCACAGAAAGUUUCCCCGGUGGGAAUGCAGCCCUGAAAAAGACAGGAACUCCAUCAAAGAAAAGGAAAGAAGUACCUAUCCUCGGCUUGAUUAUUUCUGCCCCUCUCUCAAAUUCUCCAUGCUAAUCUGUCACAGACAAUAAUAAUACUUGAAAACCUUGCUAUCGCCUAGGUCCCAUCUGCACUAGACAUUGAAAGCAGGAUCAUACCACUUCAAACAGCCAUGGCUUCCCGUAGAGAAUCCUGGGGACUGUAGUUUGUUCAGGGUUGCUGAGAGUUGUUAGGGGUCCCCUGUUCCCCUCAGAGAGCGACAGUUCCAGUACCGGAUUUACAUACUGUAUAAGCUACACAAGCUAUAGCUUAGGGCCCCACUCUCUUGGGGGCUCCCAAAAAAUUAAAGGAAAAAAACUGGAUGUACAUUUCCAAAGUAGAAGAUAAAAAACAAAUAAAAUAAAACCUACAUACAGCAACAGUGUAUUGUGUAGGCUCCUAUGAUGUAAGUAAUGGGCCCUGCCUGCUAGCCUGCUCCCUAAAAUAUCACUGGUUUGCUCAUUUCUAUAUACAGGGUGCCUACAUUCUGCAUGGACCGGUUGCAUGGCAACAUGUGCAAAUGGCUUUAGAUACCUAUUAGGUCCAUAAAUUACCAUAUAGCAUACAUUCAACACAAAAAACAGUGGCAAUUUGUUGUUGACAAAGGACAGCUGGCCAUAUAAAGGGCCCCAUUACCUUCAAUUGCUGAGGGCCUCAUCAAACCUAAAUCCGGCCCUGGACAGUUCCCAUAAUUCCCUGAGAAGAAAGAUGGAUUGUUAUACGAUAGCUGUCAACUUUUUCCUUUUCUUGAGAGGAAUCCUAUUCGGAAUAAGGGAAUUUCCCUUUAAAAAGGGAAGCGUUGACAGCUAUGUGUUAUAGCACUCUGAGAACUGUAGUUCUGUAAGGCAUUAUAGACAAAUGUUCACAAGGGGCAGGCCCUCUAAGAACUUUUGCUAGAACCUGUGAUGCUUCGUAAGGCUUAUCCAUUACUCUAGUUGUGGCUAACCUUCGCCUUGCUUCCACUCUCCCGAGUGAUCUCCUAGAGAGGCAUUUCAUGUCUGUUCUGUCUCUAUCCAGGCCUCUGUGGGCUGUUUUGCCCCCUCAUUUUGGGAUGCCAGAUAGCUUCAGCUAUGGAGGAAUGCUGCCUCUGUGGCUCAAGCAUGGCAAUGAGGUCCGUCUACCGGACAAAAUAUGGGAUCCCGGUAAGUGUGUGAACUUGAAUCCUGUGUACGUGUACGGAAGAGGAACUCUCAGCUGCUCGCUUUUCUAUUUCUGUUUGCGAAAUUUAAAAGUUCACCUGCUCUUAACAUUAAAAGAGGACCUAAGAGUUCUCAUGUCCUACUUGGGACAUAUAAACACCAGUGGUAAAGUGGUGAAGCACAGCAGCUCAUCAUGAAAUGAAAUAUGAAUGAGUUGGCCGAGGGUGGUGUAAUUUAAAUAUUUUGCGUGUUGGACUUAGGUUAGGAGGCAUGGAUUUACACACCUAUCAGCCAAUCACCCAUUCCUACCACCCUUCUGAGUAAUACCCCUCCCCACCCUCUCACUAUAUAUAAGGGUCUAUAUAUAUUUCUACUGCGUCAGGUCAACACGGCUACCUACCUGAUAAUAUAUUUAAGUUGAAGAAUGACAGUGGGAGAGUGUGUUAGAUGACUGCCAGUUUUGAUACUGGAUGGUGGAUCACAACCUAAUGGAAGUUGAACGUGCUUGGAUUAGACCAGUCACCCCCAAACCCAGCCCUCCAGCUGUUUUGGGACUACAACUCCCAUCUUCCCUAGCUAACAGGACCAGUAGUCAGGGAUGAUGGGAACUGUAGUCCCAAAACAGCUGGAGGGCCGAGUUUGGGGGUGCCUGGAUUAGACCAUUGGGCCAUCUGGCUCAGUGUCAUCUACAGUGGCUCUCCUGGGUUUCAGGUAGGGAAUCUUCCUCAGUCCUACCUGGAGAUGCUGAGGAUUGAAUCUUCUGCAUGCAAAGCAGGUGUUUUACUUCACUGACCUGAGGUCCUUUCACCCUGAAAAAGUGGCAGCAGUGAUUCUGCUCUGCUCUGAGCCAGUCUGACAUAAAAUGCACCUGAGGAAGGAUGCCCUGACACAACGUCCUUCCAGAGUCUUUAUUUUGUGGGAAAGAGGGUUCCUUGGGACCAGCACAACCUGGAAGGAGAUGAUGCCAUGAGGCCAUGACCUUCCUCAGAUGCAUCAUGGGGCAAUGAAGGGGAAUUCAAGGAGGACUGGUGCCACCACAUUUUCAUGGUGGAAAAAUCCGUUCUUUAAAAAAGUGAGUGGGGGGCACUUAAAAAGUCAAGAAAGAGGGGUGUGUUGUUUUUGCAGUACUGUAAUGAGUUACGUGCAAAUGUAUGUACAGUGAUACCUCGGGUUACAGACGCUUCAGGUUACAUACGCUUCAGGUUACAGACUCCGCUAACCCAGAAAUAUUACCUCGGGUUAAGAACUUUACCUCAGGAUGAGAAUGGAAAUCGUGCAGCGGUGGCGCAGUGGCAGCAGGAGGCCCCAUUAGCUAAAGUGGUGCUUCAGGUUAAGAACAGACCUCCAGAACGAAUUAAGUUCUUAACCCAAGGUACCACUGUACAGUGGAACCUUGGUUCUCGAACGGCUUAGUGGAUGAGGAAAUUAGCUCCCAAACAUCGAAAACCUGGAAGUAAGUGUUCUGGCUUUCAAACAUUUUUCGGAAGCCGAAUGUCUGUCUCGGCUUCCGCUUGAGUGCAGGAAGCUCCUGCAGCCAAUCGGAAGCUGCGCCUUGGUUUUCAAAUAGUUUCAGGAGUUGAACUGACUUCUGGAAUGGAUUAAGUUCGAGAACCAAGGUUUAGGGAAGUUUUUAAUGACUGAUGUUUUAAUGUAUUUUUAAUCUUUUGUUGGAAGCUGCCCAGAGUGGUUGGGGAAACCUAGCCAGUUGGGUGGGGUAUAAAUAAUAAAUUAUUAUUAUUAUUAUUAUUAUAUUAUUAUUCCACUGCAUUGGUUGCACCCUCCCCUAUUAAUGUGUGGUUAACCCUAAGUCCCCUUGUGAGUUUUCUUCUGCUGUGUGUAUCGUUUCUCUUCCCACAACAAUAAUGGGACCUGAAAAUGCUCUUCUACUCAACAGGGAUCUCUCCUGGGGGACUUCUGUGCUAUGUGGUUCUGCCCUCAUUGUGCCCUUUGCCAGCUCAAGAGGGACAUCAACAAAAGAAAAGACAUGGGGAUCUUCUAAGAAGGUUGGUGUCAUUUACAGUGUUAAAUCAUUUGUUCUUGUUGUUGUUGUUUAGUCGUUUAGUCGUGUCCGACUCUUCGUGACCCCAUGGACCAGAGCACGCCAGGCACUCCUGUCUUCCACUGCCUCCCGCAGUUUGGUCAAACUCAUGCUGGUAGCUUCAAGAACACUGUCCAACCAUCUCAUCCUCUGUCAUCCCCUUCUCCUUGUGCCCUCCAUCUUUCCCAACAUCAGGGUCUUUUCCAGGGAGUCUUCUCUUCUCAUGAGGUGGCCAAAGUAUUGGAGCCUCAGCUUCAGGAUCUGUCCUUCCAGUGAGCACUCAGGGCUGAUUUCCUUCAGAAUGGAGAGUUUUGAUCUUCUUGCAGUCCAUGGGACUCUCAAGAGUCUCCUCCAGCACCAGAAUUCAAAAGCAUCAAUUCUUCGGUGAUCAACCUUCUUUAUGGUCCAGCUCUCACUUCCAUAGAAUUGUAGAGUUGGAAGGGACCCUGAGGACCUCCUUUUUUCUGUAUAUAAUUUUUUUAUUAGUUUUUUAACAUAUCAUUUUCAAAUAAUUAAACAUACUUUUACACCUUAUACAAUUAUUUUUGGACUUCCAUCAAUCACAUCUGAAAAUUUUCCAAUCUAAUCACUUAGCAUACAUUUCUUACUUUCAUUAUUACCUUUAAAUCUCAUAACUAAUCUCUCUUCUUUCUCUAUUUUGCAAUAUUUCAUAGAUUUCUCUUUACAAAACUUCUUGUAGUCCUGCUAGCGUAAUUUGUUGAUUACAGUUGCUCUUCAAAUAGUUCAUAUAUUUCUUCCAAUCUUCUGUAAAUCUCUGGUCCCGCUGGUUUCGAAUCCUUCCAGUCAUUUUGUCUAAUUCUGCGUAGUCCAUUAAUUUUGUCUGCCAUUCUUCUUUCGUCAGGAUUUCUUCUUGCUUCCAUUUCUGGGCUAAGACCCUGAGGACCUCCUCGUCCCCCACCCCCCAAUGAAGGUGUCCCUUACGGGGAUCAAACCUGCAACCUUGGUAUUGUCAGCACCAUGCUGUAACUAACUGAGCUGCUUAUAAUUGUUAACUAUACAGGAGGAAUGGGGGACAUUUUUGAGUGCAGGGAUCAUUUCCCCUCUGGGCAACACUCACAUGCCUGAGGUGUGCUGGGCCAGAAGCAAAAUAUCAAAACAGGCUUGGUCAGAGGCAAAAGUGGCUAGAGUGGCGAAUGCGAAUCUUACCUUUGCCCAGUAGUCUAAUUUCAAGACACCUCUCUCUAUCCUCCAUCCAGGCAAGGAAGGUUCAUUAUUAAUCUUCAAAGACAAAGUCCAGCCAGGCAAAAACAGUCAAGAUGGGAGAGGGGCAGAGCUGCUGGGAUUGUGGCCUGGGGCAUGGGAAUGGACUGGAGAAGGGGCAUGGCCUAGGGUGAGUCCCAAGUGUCAGGUAGAGAGGCCUAGACUUGAGGUUCCACAACUCUGCCAUCAAGUACGCCAUUGAGAAGGAACACUGGUGUACACAGGUUCCUUGCAAUAUACAAAUCACUUACAAACAAGCUUGCCAUCCACCCAUGACCCAUCUCCUACGGACAGCUGCAUGGCGAAUGUAAAUGGUGUUGAUUUUGAUGCAAUUUCCUUGAAUGGUGAGUAGGUAAAAAGGUAAAGGUAAAGGACCCCUAGACAGCAGCUUAAAAAGCAGAGACGUCACCUUGCCAACAAAGGUCCGUAUAGUUAAAGCUAUGGUUUUCCCAGUAGUGAUGUAUGGAAGUGAGAGCUGGACCAUAAAGAAGGCUGAUCGCCGAAGAAUUGAUGCUUUUGAAUUAUGGUGCUGGAGGAGACUCUUGAGAGUCCCAUGGACUGCAAGAAGAUCAAACGUAUCCAUUCUUAAGGAAAUCAGCCCUGAGUGCUCACUGGAAGGACAGAUCCUGAAGCUGAGGCUCCAAUACUUUGGCCACCUCAUGAGAAGAGAAGACUCCCUGGAAAAGACCCUGAUGUUGGGAAAGAUGGAGGGCACAAGGAGAAGGGGACGACAGAGGAUGAGAUGGUUGGACAGUGUUCUUGAAGCUACCAGCAUGAGUUUGACCAAACUGCGAGAGUAGUGGAAGACAGGAGUGCCUGGCGUGCUCUGGUCCAUGGGGUCACGAAGAGUCGGACACGACUAAACAACAGCAACAACAAAGGACCCCUGGACGGUUAAGUUCAGUCAAAGGCAACUAUGGGGUUGCGGCGCUCAUUCGCUUUCAGGCCGAGGGAGCCGGCGUUUGUCUGCAGACAGCUUUCCAGGUCAUGUGGCCAGCAUGACUAAACCGCUUCUAGUGCAACGGGACACCGUGAGGGAAACCAAAGUGCAUGGAAAUGCCGUUUACCUUCCCACUGCAGUGGUACCUAUUUAUCUACUUGCACUGGUGUGGUUUCAAACUGCUAGGUUGGCAGAAGCUGGGACAGAGCAACAGGAGCUAACCACCAUUGAGCGGAUUCGAACUGCCAGCCUUCUGAUCAGCAAGCCCAAGAGGCUCAGUGCUUUAGACCACAGUGCCACCUGCGGCAUUACCAGUGCCAUUACAUAGACCAGCCUUGUACCUUUCUCCAAGCAAACCACUUUAAAAAAGAGCUGCAGGAAAGCCUGAUCAGGAUUGGGACCACAAGAAGGGCAGAGGCAUUUUAAAACCCUUUAACGCCACUUUAUGGUCCCAAUGAAAACCAUUACCCAAAGCUGCUGCUGCUGCUGCUGCUACUACUACUACUAGUAGUAGUAGUGCGUAUCAUUUGGCCCUAACAUGUGUGUGUGUGUGUGUGUGUGUGGUGUUUUUUUCUGCUGCAAGGUUCUCAGAGUGGGUUGUGACAAAACAGUUGCCCAUGAAACGCGUGGGAAUGAUUUCUCUCAGUUCUGCUCUGAGUGACUGGUGUUUUCUCCCUUCUCUUUCAGAUUUGCACACAUUCAACAAGAGAGGGUCCAGAAGUCCUUUCUGCUCAUUGCUAUUACCCUUCAUAAUCAAGCCAAACAUUGCUUGGCCCAUAUUCUAAUCUCUGAAAGAUGAUGCCUUGGACCUAAGAUUAUGGAAAAGCGUAUAACUUUUUAGAAUACAUAAAUAUUUAGGUAAUUUUGUUACUGGAAAUUUGUUUAAGAAAUAAUAAAAAGGAGCCUCGUGCUGUGUAUGUCAUCCACAAUGUUUCUUAGAAUGAAGAUGUAGGGUAUGGAUGUGUAAUAAACGAAAAUCUGCCCUUAUUCCCUUAUGGGAGACACAAGAGCCCUUAUAGAGUCCUUUGCAGGUUCUCCAUUGGUCGGAGAAAAUAACAGAGGCCAACCAGAGAAUAUUGAGAAGCAAAGCAGCUAGUAAGCCUGAUCUUUAUUGAACUGUUGCAACAGGGUGCCCCCUUCACACGCAGGAGAAGGAGGAGGACCCAAAACCCAAGUGUGCCCGCCCUUAUAUAGACAUUUUAAAUUGCCCGCCCUGGAGUCCAAGACCACCCCCGGAGACAUCAUACAUACAUCACAGAAGAGGUGUAGCUCAAGACCACCCACCAGACACAGCAUACCUAUAUCACAGAAAGGGGUGGUCUACAACAGAAAUCUGAGUGCAUUGUUUACCUCCUGUCUGGCAGGUUACCUGUUAAUGCUUACUUGAUUGGAUACCCUGAGCAGCCUGGCCAGUCUUUUGUAAUGAUAAAUACUUAGUUCCUGAGCCAGGUCACAGGCUCACCCUAUUCAUACACAGACAUACCCUUAAGACAGGAUUUGUGAAGGAAAAGACAAUGGGGAGGUUAUUCCAUUUUCCUUUGACUUUGCAGAGAAAACAUUUGGUCAGUUUGGGAGUCAAAAUGGUUUCAGGACUGUCUUCCUGUGCUGCUUCAGACAUGUGGUUUAUAUAUUUAUGUACGUGUUUGCUUGGUACAUUUAUGAACAUUUAUUAUAUAUACAAGACCUUAAUUUUUUUAUAUUUCAGAUGGAUCUACACAUAGGAAAGACAGAACUCUCAAUAACAUUGCAAAAGUAAAGGCAACAAAAUCCCUGCACCCAACCCAUGAGAAUCACUGGGAUUUUUAUCUCCCAUUUGAUGAUUUAAAACACAUUUUCUUUUCUUGUUAACUGGGAGAUUAAUGAAAAAAUGGAGUUGGGGAAAAUAUGGGGCUACUCUGUUACUACAUAGUAAGAAUAGCCAGAGCAAGGACACAAUCAUUUAUUAUGCUUUUAUUUUCUUUCAGCCUAAUUGCAUGGUCUAACAAGAACGUAGGUAGCUGCCUUUCUCUAGUUACUGGACAAAAUAUCUCUUUUGGGUGUGCCAAAAGGUGUCUGCUUUUCAGUUACAAGGAAGUGUGCUUUAGGCUGUGAAUGCUUUUAAUUGCCCUGAGAACUUUGGUUUACACUUUAAUGCCCAUUGGUGAUAUCUGAACUCAUUUCAACCUGGCUUCAGGCCUGGUUUGGGGACCGAAAUUGCUUUGGUCACUCUUAUUAGGUAGUGGGUGGACAUAGCAGACGACACAGAGAUUUCUCCAAGUAGUUCUUUAUAAGUAAGCUGGAACUGAAAGCAAUGACAAACCCAGACAGCAUCUUAAAAAGCAGAGACAUCACCUUGCCAACAAAGGUCCGUAUAGUUAAAGCUAUGGUUUUCCCAGUAGUGAUGUAUGGAAGUGAGAGCUGGACCAUAAAGAAGGCUGAUCGCCGAAGAAUUGAUGCUUUUGAAUUAUGGUGCUGGAGGAGACUCUUGAGAGUCCCAUGGCCUGCAAGAAGAUCAAACCUAUCCAUUCUGAAGGAAAUCAGCCCUGAGUGUUCACUGGAAGGACAGAUCGUGAAGCUGAGGCUCCAAUACUUUGGCCACCUCAUGAGAAGAGAAGACUCCCUGGAAAAGACCCUGAUGUUGGGGAAUAUUGAGGGCACAAGGAGAAGGGGACGACAGAGGAUGAGAUGGUUGGACAGUGUUCUCGAAGCUACAAACAUGAGUCUGACCAAACUGCGGGAGGCAGUGGAAGACAGGAGUGCCUGGCGUGCUCUGGUCCAUGGGGUCACGAAGAAUCGGACACGACUAAACAACAACAACAAAGCUGGAACUGAACUGAACAGCAAACAGCUCAGCUGGCCUGCUUUUAUAGGCAGCCAACUGUCAACACUGUAACUACAACAGCCCAGGGUUUCCCGCCUAAAUUAACUUACGUGGACCUGAGUGAAAACUAUACAUUGGUACCUUGGGUUACAGACGCUUCAGGUUACAGUCUCCGCUAACCCAGAAAUAGUACCUCGGGUUAAGAACUUUGCUUCAGGAUGAGAACAGAAAUCGUGUUCCGGCGGCGCAGCGGCAGUGGGAGACCCCAUUAGCUAAAGUGGUGCUUCAGGUUAAGAACAGUUUCAGGUUAAGAACGGACCUCCAGAACGAAUUAAGUUCUUAACCUGAGGUACCACAGUAUACACAUCCCCCCCCGGUGGCCAGGGUGAGAACGUCAAUACAUAACAACUCUGAUCCAUGAGUUUUGUUGGGAGAAUCAUGGCGGAAGUGGAGCCCUGUUGGUUCUCUUUGACCUCUCAGCGGCUUUCAGUAUCAUGGGUCACAUUAGGCCCCUGAACCUCCUUUAGGAUUUGGGAGACGAGGUACCAUUUCAUAGUGCUUCCACUCCUAUCUCCAAGGGCAUUCUGGAGAGUAGCAUUGGGCGACCACCAGAGUUCUCCUGUGGGCUCCUGCCUAGUUAAACAAGAACAUAAGAAGACAUGUUGGACUAGACCAAUGGCUCCUCUAGUCCAGCAUCUCAUUCUCACAGUGGCCAACCAGAUGCAUGUGGGAAUCCUGCAAGCUGGACACAACAGCACUCUCCACACUUGUGAUUCACAGCAACUGGUGUUCAGGGAUGCAAUGCCUCUGAUGGUGGAUGUAGAACAUAGCCAAGAGUGGAUAGUAGCCAGGAAUGGCCUUGUCCUCCAUGAACUUUCUAAUUUUAUUUUGAAGCCAUCCAAGAUGGUGGCCAUCAAUAAAAGGUACAUGGUAAAGGACCAGUCAAAGGUGACUAUAGGGUUGCGGCGCUCAUCUCGCUUUCAGGCCGAGGGAGCCGGUGUUUGUCCACAGACAGCUUUCCGGGUCAUGUGGCCAGCGGGACUAAACCGCUUCUGGUGCAAUGGAACACUCUGAGGGAAACCAGAGCACAUGGAAACGCCGUUUACCUUCCCAUUGCAGUGGUACCUAUUUAUCUACUUGCACUUUGACGUGCUUUCGAACUGCUAGGUUGGCAUGAGCUGAGACAGAGCAACGGGAGCUCGCAGGGAUUCGAACCGCCUACCUUCUGAUCGGCAAGCCCAAGAGGCUCAGUGGUUUAGACCACAGUGCCACCCACAUCCCUGGCCAUCAAUAUCCCCCCACCAGGUGCACUGGUUGCACCCGCAAUUGUGCAGGCGGGUACUGCACAAUGUGUGCACACUGCCAUGGAAUAUUGAGGGGGGCCGGCUCCCUCCUUAAAAAUUUGGGGGGGACCCUCCCCUCAGAUGGUGCCCCUGUGCCCCAUUAUUCAUGGAGGGUAAAGCUGUCAGUCAGCCAUGUGCUCACCAGCUGCAAUGAACCACUCGGCCCUGCAUGAUCCCCUCCUAAUUUUCUUUGAUUUUUAAUAUGUGCCAGUUUCCUUCUACCACGGAGGGUAGUUGCUAAUCUGUCUUCCCUGUUUGCCACGAUCAGUGAAAGAUACACAGACAAGCCCUUUCUAUUCCUUCGCAGAACACAAAAAAGGGGGCAGGGAGCAAAUAAAGUUAACAGAAACCAAGCAAUGUUUGCAGGUACACAAGGAAAGGAAGAGCAAAUGGCCCGUGACAAGUGUAUUGCUUCCUUGUAGGACAGUCUUCCCCAACUGGGUGCCCUCCAGAUGUUUUGCAGAGCAUCUCCCAUCAACCCCAGCCGCUGAGUUUCCACAGAGCUCUUGUGCCGCAGGGCAUGCGGAAAUUCAGCAGAUAAAACUUUCCUCAUCGACAGGAAAAGCUGGCCCAGGAGCAUUAGAGACUUGUGGUCCUUCCAGACUGGCGAUUUUAUUCUGGGUGCAUUCUGCAACAUGCCCUGGACACACCAAUGGUGAAUUAGGGGUGCCUUUAUUCGACUUUGGUUUGUUCUGCAGUGCUGCCCCAGUGCUAUCACAUACAGUGGUACCUCAGGUUACAGACGCUUCAGGUUACAGACUCCGCUAACCCAGAAAUAGUACCUCAGGUUAAGAACUUUGCUUCAGGAUGAGAACAGAAAUCACGCGGCGGCAGCAGCAGGAGGCCCCAUUAGCUAAAGUGGUGCUUCAGGUUAAGAACAGUUUCAGGUUAAGAACAGACCUCCAGAACAAAUUAAGUUCUUAACCCGAGGUACCACUGUACUACGGAGCAGCUACAGAGCAGCAAAUAAUAUAGUCAUACCUCGGGUUAUUGACACUUCAGGUUGCGUUUUUUUGGGUUACGGACUGCCGAAACCCGGAAGUACCGGAACAGGUUACUUCUGGGUUUUGGCGGUCGUGCAUGCGCAUAAGUGCCGAAUCGCAACCCGCGCGUGCGCAGAUGUUCAGACGCGGGUUGCGAACGCUGCGGGUUGCGAACUGCAACCUGAGCAUCCACUGCAAUGAUAAUUUUAUUAUUUGUACCCCGCCAAUCUAUCUGGGUUGUCCUGCCACUCUGGGUGGCUACCAGCAUAUACAAAAACAUAAUAAAACAUUAAACAUUAAAAACUUCCCUAUACAGGGCUGCCUUCAGAUGUCUUCUCAAGGUUAUAUAGUUACUUAUCUCCUUGAUAUCUGAUGGGAGGGUGUUUCACAGGGCAGGUGCUUCAGGUUAAGAACAGUUUCAGGUUAAGAACAGACCUCCAGAACAAAUUAAGUUCUUAACCCGAGGUACCACUAUACUACGGAGCAGCUACAGAGCAGCAAAUAAUACAGUCAUACCUCGGGUUAUAGACACUUCAGGUUGCGUGUUUAAGGUGUUUAAGGGAGUAACUGGAGCACCCCGCAAAUGCCUAACCUUGGCUCCCAUAGGUUGAGGUCAGGGGUCACAAACAAGAGACUUCAGCCAGGAGAUCGAAGCAAAACAGUGGCCAGUUGGCCUGAUCUUUAUUGUUGCAACAAGACUUCAAACUGCCACAUAGAAGAAGCAGAGAGAAGCCCCGAACUAAGGAUGGCUCCCUAUUUUUAUAAGUUUCCCAAAUUACCCAUGACAUCAUACAUUUGUCAUAACUAUGUCAUAAAUUGGGAGGGGUCUUCUGUCAGAAACCUGAGCACCAGGCUUGUCUUACAUGACCUCCACCUUCCAAUCUUUAGGUGAAACAAAGGUAAGUAUUUACAUUUUCCCGUUUUCCCAGCCAAGUUAAGCACACCAAUCCACUGAGGUUGGCUUUACGAUGGUUCUUGGAAGGACUACUUGUCUGGCACUAGGGUGCUAGAGUGCCAGCGAUUAUCACCCAGGCAGUGGGGGGAUUAUGGGUGCCCCUGCCCAUGUCCCAAGCUCAUCCCCUGCUAGCCAUUUUCCUUCUGAGUAGAACAACGUUGGAAUGGUGUAAAUCCGUCACUGGAGUGAUUUUAUAUGAAUUUCUAAAGUUUUCCCAUUGAGCCAGUACAGUCAUACCUCAGGCUGAAGUCGCUUCAGGUUAAGACCUUUUCGGGUUGCGCUCCGCGGUGACCCAGAAGUAAUGGAGCACGUUACUUCUGGGUUUUGCCGCUCGUGCAUGCGCAGACGCUCAAAAUGCCGUCACGCGCAUGCGCGGAAGUGGCAAAUCAUGACCCGCGCAGACAUGGGUUGCGUUCGCUUCAGGAUGUGAAUGGGGCUCCAGAACGGAUCCUGUUCACAUCCAGAGGUACCACUGUACAUAGAUACAUUUGUCAGUGAAUUGCUAGGUUUGGUAGGUCUCUCACCCGCCUUCCAGUUUCCCAGUAACACAGCCAACCACAAACAAACAACCACACCCUAGGCCAACCCCAACCUCUCUCACCACCAAAGGAACACAAGUGAACAGCAAAGAACCUGCACAAGCAACGCUGACACCAAACCCUACAUAUACUAAGUAAAAUAGAAACAUCGCCACCCGACCCCACCCCCACUCACCUUUCCCCCCUCCACCUCUUUCCCCUUCUUCUUCCGAAAAACAGUAUUGAAAGCGGAUUGUGUGCCUGCCCAAAUAUGAAGAUCCACCAAGCUUGCGUGUUGAGCACAAUGCUUAUCAGACCCUCCAAGGGUCCCUAUUUUCUAGGGACGUCCCUGAUUUAGAGAAGCCAUCCCUGAUUUGAUCCCCGAAUGUCCCACUUUUCCUUAAAGUAAAGGUAAAGGGACCCCUGACCAUUAGGUCCAGUCGUGACCGACUCUGGGGUUGUGGCACUCAUCUCACUUUACUGGCCGAGGGAGCCGGCGUACAGCUUCUGGCGAACCAGAGCAGCGCACAGAAACGCCGUUUUACCUUCCCGCCGGAGUGGUACCUACUUAUCUACUUGCACUUUGAUGUGCUUUCGAACUGCUAGGUUGGCAGGAGCAGGGACCGAGCAACGGGAGUUCACCCCGUCACUGGGAUUCGAACCGCCGACCUUCUGAUCGGCAAGUCCUAGGCUCUGUGGUUUAACCCACCCAUGUCCCACCACUUUUCCUUAGGACAUCCCUAUUUUCACUGGAGAAAUGUUGGAGGGUAUGGAGUUAUCUGACCCCUGAGCCAUCUGAAGGCAGCCCUGUAUAGGGAAGGUUUUUUUAAUGUUUAAUGUUUUGUUAUGUUUUUAUAUACAGCGGAACCUCGGUUUUCUAACGUAAUCCGUUCCAGAAGACCGUUCAACUUCUGAAACGUUCGAAAACCGAGGAUCAAUGGGCCGUUGGCAAAAUCCAUUGAAAAAAUGGAGAAACGUUCCUCGGAAGCCGUUCGACUUCUGAGGCGUGUUUGAAAACAGAAGCGAUUGCUUCUGAGUUUUCGGCAUUCAGGUUCCGAAUUGUUCGGCUUACAAGACGCUCGAAAACUGAGGUUCCACUGUAUGUUGGAAGCUGCCCAGAGUGGCUGGGGCAACCCAGUAAGAUGUGUGGGGUAUAAAUAGUAAAAUUAUCAUUAUGGAAUGGGAUGUCCCUAUACUCAUCGGAGAAAUGUUGGCGGGUAUGUGCUUGAUGGUAGUGAGACGUGGGCAGCUUGCACCCACCAGGAGCGAUGCCUCAAUGCCUUCAUUGUGCAUGGCGUUAGGAAGAUUUGGGGCAUUGCAUGGCAGGACAGAGUCUUAAACAAGUGCUCUCCCAAGCUCACAUUCCCAGCAUGUUCACACUCCGGUCUCAGAGACAUAAUAAUAAUAAUUUAUUAUUUAUACCCCGCCCAUCUGGCUGGGCCUCCCCAGCCACUCUGGGCAACCCCCAACAAAAUAUCAAAACACAGUAAUGCAUCAAACAUUAAAAGCUUCCCUAAACAGGGCUGCCUUCAGAUGUCUUCUGAAAGUCUGGUAGUUGUUUUGCUCUUUGACAUCUGGUGGGAGGGUGUUCCACAGGGCGGGUGCCACUACCGAGAAGGCCCUCUGCCUGGUUCCCUGUAACUUGGCUUCUUGCAGUGAGGGAACCGCCAGAAGGCCCUCAGUGCUGGACCUCAGUGUCCGGGCAGAACGAUGGGGGUGGAGACGCUCCUUCAGAUAUACAUCUGCUCUGGCAUGGUGAUACCCAAGGACCUGCUCUAUGGGGAGCUGGCCUCAGGCACCAGGCCUGUUGGCACACCAACUCUGUGUUACAAAGAUGUCUGUUAAUGUGGCAUGAAGUCUAGCAACGUCAACCCUUCCAUGUGGGAAUUUCUUGCAGACGACUGCAGUGCCUGGAGACAGACAGUCAGGUUGUGUAUCCACAGGAGUGACCAGAGGAGGAAUGACCACUGGGAGAAGAAACACUGAGGCACACCUUGAUCAGCACAACCAGAUGCCUUCAUUUGCCCCACCUGCAACAAAACAUGUCUCUCCUGUAUUGGUCUCUACAGCCACAGCAGGCGCUGCAAUUCUCCAGCAGUUUGACUUCACCUGCAAAAGUGUACUCUUCCAUUGUUUCCCAAGACAGAUGGAUGCCAGUCAGCACCAACAGCACCACGAGCGCAAAUAAUUAUGGGUGCACAGUAAAAAGGAUGUCUAGAGGCAGGCCUUGAAAUAUAUGACACAUCCAAAGAUAGCAUCAGUGACUCAGUGUUAUGACCUUAAGCGAGUUAGUCUCCAUACCUCCAACAUUUCUCCGAUGAAAGUAGGGACGUCCUAAGGAGAAAUGGGAUAUUCCAGGAUCAAAUCAGAAACUGGGAUGGCUUCUGUAUAUCCGGGAAUGUCCCUGGAAAAGGGGACUGCACAGGGAGGGUCUGCAGAUCCCCAAGAAAUUGUGGCUCCUUGUGACCUUUUUCUGCAUCUACUAAGAUCCACCUUUGCUAUUAACACAAAAAAUGCACUACCUGGAAGCCAGUCUGCAAGCUGAUACCAGUUUAUUAUGCCCAGCGGAACAAACAAAAGCAGUUUCUCUUUUUUCUUUUUGCCAUCAACUUCCUUAAACCGACAAAGGUUGCUUGCUGAACUGAAGUAUCUCUAUAGUGACACCAGCCUCCGAAGGGACCUGUUGCUUUCGAAACAAUUGGUAAGUGGCGUGUGUGGCGUUACUGUCUGAUUUUGCUUGAAAAGAGGAAUGAGUUGAUAGAAGGAACUCCUGGAAAUGGAUGCUGCAAUAAGCUAACAAUUAACAUAACCUUCCAGGAAAAAGAAGGGGGAAACGUAACCUGUAAACAGUGCUAGUAAUUUAGGUUUAUCAAGAGUGCAUCUCAACUUAAGGUUGUCUAAACAUGCCCAUGCCAUGCUGCAGCAGAACUGACUACCUAAAGAGACAGAUGUAAGCCAGGAAUAUCUGGAUUUCAUUUGCCUGGUUUUCUUCAUGCAUCCCAGUUGAAAAGGGGCGCGUAUGCAAAAUUUAGAAGGGGUUUGGUGGUUCUACAAUAACGGAGGAAAACAGAGAAUAACUGGGGAGCGUUCCGGCCAUCUUGGCUUAGGUUCAGAUAGAUGCUCUUAUCUGAGAGGAAAUAAGAGAUCAUCAGGGGGUUUGGGCUGGGUAUUCAUCAGUAUGCAGAUGACACCCAGCUCUACCUCUCUUUUAAAUCAGAACCAGUGAAGUCAAUGAAGGUGCUGUGUGAGUGUCUGGAGGCGGUUGGAGGAUGGAUGGUGGCUAACAGAAUGAGGUUGAAUCCUGACAAGACAGAAGUACUGUUUUGGGGGGACAGGGGGCAGGCGGGUGUGGGGGACUCCCUGGUUCUGAGUGGGGUAACUGUGCCCCUGAAGGACCGGGUGCGCAGCCUGGGAGUCAUUUUGGACUCACAGCUGUCCAUGGGGGCGCAAGUUAAUUCUGUGUCCAGGGCAGCUGUUUAUCAGCUCCAUCUGGUACGCACGCUGAUACCCUACCUGCCCGCAGACUGUCUCGCCAGAGUGGUGCAUGCUCUAGUUAUCUCCCGCUUGGACUACUGCAAUGCGCUCUACGUGGGGCUACCUUUGAAGGUGACCCAGAAACUGCAAUUAAUCCAGAAUGCGGCAGCCAGACUGGUGACUGGGAGCGGCCGCCGAGACCAUAUAACACCGGUCUUGAAAGACCUACAUUGGCUCCCAGUACAUUUACGAGCACAAUUCAAAUUAUUGGUGCUGACCUUUAAAGCCCUAAACGGCCUUGGUCCAGUAUACCUGAAGGAGCAUCUCCACCCCCGUCCAUCAUUCAGCCCGGACACUAAGAUCCAGCACUGAGGGCCUUCUGGCGGUUCCCUCAUUGCGAGAAGUGAGGUUACAGGGAACUAGACAGAGUGCCUUCUCGGUAGUGGCGCCCGCCCUGUGGAACACCUUCCCUUCAGAUAUGAAGGAAAUAAGCAGCUAUCUUAUCUUUAAAAGAAAUCUGAAGGCAGCCCUGUUUAGGGAAGUUUUUAAUAUUUAAUGCUGUAUUGUUUUUAACACUCGAUUGGGAGCCGCCCAGAGUGGCUGGGGAAACUCAGCCAGAUAGGCGGGGUAUAAAUAAUAAAUUAUUAUUAUUAUUAUUAUUAUUAUUAUUAUUGAGGCAGAGAAGAGCAACAAGCUGAGCAGCAGAAGUCCCAGCAGCUGCUUUGCUCCGGCAAGGUGAGGGGAGCUGGGCUUGAAGCAGCAAUCCAAGUUUGAAGAGUCCAAAGAGUUCAGAACUGCAUGGAUGCAGAUGCUCACUGCAUCAGGGAGAAUGUGUGUGUUUUCCCGGGGUGUGCACUUAAUUUUUUCAUAGGGGAACAGUUAGGGCCAGAGGCGUCAGCUUGUAAGGGGAAUUUGGGGAGGGGGUCAGGUGAUGUUGCGCAUGUGAGAAUCACACCUUCCCAGGCUUUGGGAAAGAGGCGUCCGGCCUCUGACAGGAUUCUGGAGCCCUUCUGUCUCCUUCCCAAAGCCAGGGGGGGCGGUUUUUGGGAAGGUGGUAGGAGGGUUCUUGGACCCUGUUGGAGCAUUGUGUCUCCUUCCCUGACCUGGACAGAAGCUUCCUGGGCUUUGGGAAGAAGGUGCCAGGCAUUAAUACUUCAAUACUCUAAUUUACUGGGGAUAUUUAGGGGAGUAGUGUAGUCCCCUCUAGUCCACUGACCGCAUGCCACUGGGGUGCUCCCACCCAUGGGAGCCCCAAGGAGUCCUGAGACGCAAGGCCAGGCCUAGGCAAAAUUGGCCCUCCAGAUGUUUUGGGACUGCAACUCCCAUCAUCCCUGACCACUGGUCCUGUUAGCUAGGGAUGAUGGGAGUUGUAGUCCCAAAACAUCUGGAGGGCCGAGUUUGCCUAUGCCUGGGCAAGGCUGUGUCCUCGCCACCUGACUCUGGAUACUCCACCCUUAAUAGUGCGCUGACACCCUUCCCAGAUUAAAGGCGACAAGUUAAGCACUCAGGUAUCAUGAGAUUCACAUAGUGUGGAGAGUAGGAGCUGCCACACACGUGUGAUAAAUAUUGCAAAGAUGCCUGAUAUUAUUUUCUCCCAAUUCCCACUGGUGACAACGCAUGCUCUGCUUGAAGAGUGCUCUCCCUUAUUUCAGGUGUGCCAUGCAAGGGCAUAGCUGUCAACUUUCUCCUUUUCUUGUGAGGAAUCCUAUUCGGAAUAAGGGAAUUUCCCUUAAAAAAUGGAAAUGUUGACAACUAUGUGCAAGGGUGAAGCCCAGCCUGUUGCUCUAGUUGCUUUUAAUGUGGUGUAUCAUUCAACACACCUCAGACUUGUCCCCGGUUAGUGUUUAGUUCUAGCUCCAGAGAAGGCAAAUGUGUUUGUCUGAUGCAAGAGUUUUGUGACACCUUAAAGACUAACAAAAUCAACGCAUUCGUCUUCAAGGUGCCAUAAGACUCUUUGCGGUUUUUUCUAGGCUUCUUUGCCAGUGGUCUGCUGUACCUUUAUUUAACAAAGGUUUCCGCACCUUUCCUGGUACUGUCUAACGGUUUUAAGCCUAACUGCCAUGGGGAAAGGAAGGGGGAUCUGUGGGUCAGAUAGGGAGGAAACAUCUGGUCUACAAGAAGUAGUGUGGCUAGGCAGAAGGGGGCAGGCAUUUUCACUUUGCAUUUCUUAGUGCAGAAAGCAUUGAUCAGAUGAGUAGAGAUCUUUCCUAUUCUAAUUAAUUCAAGAGGGUUCUGGAAGCUUCUGGAAGCUUCUCUGUGUGAAAGAAGCAAACAGAAAGUUCCUGAUGUUUGGGUUAUGCCCAGUGCUUUUUUUCUAUAAAAUGUUUAGGGGUACUCUCAUUUUGACUCAAGAAAAUCACCAUUUUAGAGUUCAAAUUGGGGGAGGGGGAGUAAAUGGACAAUAGUACAGAUAUUCACAAAAUGUUUAGGGGCUUGCAUCCCCCUACAUCCCCCAGAAAAAAGCACUGAGUACCUUCAGAGAAGCUGAGUACAACUGGUUUAAACUGAUUCUGUUAUCUCUUCCGUCAAGGUCAUGCUGACUAUCAUAAGAGGCCAAAAGAAGACUGGAUUUCACUUUCUCUUUCCAGCUCUUUUACUUCUGGCGUGGUGCUCUAUACGUAGAUAGUGUUAAGGGUUUAGACUUAAGUUAUUGUAAGUUUAAGUUAAGUCUGCUGCAGCUGGAUUUCUUAUGGACAGUGCCAAUCCUGAAUGUAUUAUAUUAUAUUUGUGACCAUUAUGCUUAUUUGCCUUCAAUCAAGCUCUGCUGGAUGAAAUAUUAAUUGCUUCUGGUCUAUUUUUUGGGAAUCCUGCAAUGUGUUUAAGUUUUUACUCUGCUAACUGUACAGUACAUUAGAAUCUACUCUGGGUCAAUAUUGAGUAGAAUUUCAGUGACAAUUUUAUUUAUUGAAUUUGUAUAGCGUUACGGAAAAAUCUAGGUGUGAGGCUGCUCAGUCACCCAGCUCGUCUGGCAGAGCCCUGCGGAAUAAAGGAAGGAGUCCAGCCAACCGGAGCAAAUAGCUGUAGACCAAGAGUUUAUUGCGCAAUAGGUUCAAAGAGAAAAUUUUGAACCCUGAGGAUGGGGUGACAAAGACUUUUAAAACUUCCCACCAUAUCCCAGAAUAGUUCGUACAGCAUCAUUGCUACAUCAUUGCUACAUCACUGACAUGUCACAAAAGGGGAGGGGUUAACCUUGGCAAACGUGUCCAGACAAGUCCUUGGUACAAGAUUAGUAUAAACAGACAUGGGAGGACAAGACUCAGGUAUAAGAUUAGCAUAGACAAAUAUGUCUUAAGUACCCACCACCCAAAAGUACAGUAGAAGUUCCUUUGCAUGUCUGGAGCCUGAGGCGAGUCGGGUGAUGAGAUUUGGCUUCCUUUGGCUAACAAUGAGCCCAGCAAUUGUCACCUCUGGGAACUUCCUGGAGUCCUUUUUCAAGGGGAAAAUAGCUUUGGAAUGGAGGAAACUGGGAAAGGAGAUGAUUUUAUCUUAUUUUUAAAGCUAGGUAACUUCCCUGAGCUGUCAAGUUGAAAGGAUACAUUCAGGCAUAAUAUUUGUAAUAUUUAACUUUAAAGAUGUGCCCCCCCCGGGUAAUUUCCAUAACAGCCUUCAAUCAAGCUCUGCUGGAUGAAAUAUUGAUUGUCUCUGGUCUAUUUUGGGGGGAAUCCUGCAACGUGUUAAGUUUUUACUCUGCUAACUAUACAGUACAUUGGAAUCUACUCUGGAUCAAUAUUGAGUAGAAUUUCAGUGACAAUUUUAUUUAUUAAAUUUGUAUAGCAUCCUUCAUCCGAAGAGUUCAGGGCAGUUCACAGCAUAGACAUGUUCCUUGCAUUUGUAUUAUUGUAUUUUCAGAAUGGAGAUCUGUUUAUUUUAACAUCACUCUCUCUUUCUUUUCUUUAGAAUCAGCAGCCUGGAAAAUGAACCCUCAGCUAGUGAUCACGCAGCAGCCACAAGUUGUGGUUAUCCAGCCAUCACAACACAGCUACUGGCAGACAGGCUUGUGUGACUGUUUUAGUGACUGCGGAGUAUGUGAGUAGCUAUGGUACAGAUAGCUCUCCUUUGUCAUGGAGAUUAAGGUGGUUUACUCAGUGGGUUGAGUCCGGAAAGGCAGCCUCAAUAUGCACGCUGGAUGCAAACCUUAAACAAGUAUGAGCUUGCUCAUCAUGGUUGUUAUGGAAGCACAAUUCUCUCUCCACUGGCUGAGUUCUCCAUCGGGUCCUUUUUAAAAAUAUAUAUAUAUGUUGGUUUCUGCUUUCCUUUACAUUCCACAGUCUGUACUGUUGGAGUUUCUCACGGGAAAGGGAGACUGGAUGUGACGUACACUGGUUUCCUGUUUUUCACUGUGUGAUUCUCUCCGAGCUGACGAGGAGAGAGGAUGCAUUUUCUGCUCCUGCAGAGGCAAGAUGUCUUUCUGUAAUAUACCAGCUUUGAACUGUAAAUAAAGCAAUAUAGAGUAUGUAGCACGUAUUCCUCAUCCUUCCGCUGGGCACAAGACUCUGCUUAAAUCAACACGUGGUUAUGGACUCCAGAAGUCGAAUCGGAGUGCCGGCAAAGGAUCGGAAUGCAGAGGGACAGAUCGGAAAGGAAUCUGCUCUGCGCGUAGAAGUGAUUGAUGAGGUAUGUGCUACUGCUCCGGGCAGCCUGCCAGCUUCAAGUUAAUGGCUUUAUGGCUGGACUUUGAACUUUUAAAGCCGGUUUUGCCGGGAAUAGGCAAAAGGCUCCCAGGCACAAGUCACUAUGCUGGGGAAAUCGAAAGUAACUUUUAAGUGCGCUUUUGUAAUAAAGCAGCUGCAGCAGUGACGCAGCAAGAUUUAAAGCAGCAUAUGAUGCUGAAGGCUAAUGCCAGAGUCAUGAUGGCCCUUCAGGAUGCUUGUGGGAUCCCUAAGCUCAACAAGAAAAAUUAUGCCGACUGGGUUCAGUAUGCAGAGGGAAUUCUGCGGAAAGAGGGUUUGUUUGAGGUGAUUACAGAAACCCCCCCAGUUCCAGUUACAGAUGCAUGGAAAGCUAAGGAUUCCAAAGCAAGGGGAACUCUUACAUUGAUAGUAUCCCCAGAAGAGCUCUGUCUAUUGCGUGAUAAGACCUCAGCCAGAGAAAUUUGGGACGCUCUGAGAGAGGCUCACUUAAGGACAGAAGCUGGAUCCACUAUGUUUUACUUUAACAAGCUGCAUAAUAUGGCUCUUGCUGAAGGUGGAGAUGUACGUUUACAUCUGAUGGAGAUACAAAAUCUGAGACAUGAGCUGCAACAGAGAGGACUCAACUUUCCAGAGGCUGUGUAUUCUUUCAUGAUACUACAAUCUUUGGGUUCAGGUUGGGAGUCUGUUGCAACCCAGGUUGCUGUGCAACCAACUGCUCAGCUGACAGUGGACUUUGUUACUGCCGUGAUUUUAAAUGAAGCAGAUCGCCGGGGUGCUAGCUGCAUGGGCAAGGGGAGUCUUCACAGACGUCAUCCCAUAGUGCAGUGGAACCACCAGAUGGCGCCAAAGCUUUGAAGGCAGUAAAAUGCUACUCGUGUGGACGUCUAGGCCAUAUGAAGAGGGAAUGCAGACAUCCCAGGGCCAAGACAGAGCAGCGCAGCGAAAGCUCAUCGCGCGGAAAAGGCCGAGGCAAAGGCAAAGGUCCGGUGUCUAGGACAACGCAGCACAAGGCUAUGGUUUCACGCUUCACUCCAAAGGUUGCAGAGGUCCAGAAGACGUCUAGAUCUUUCUUCGUUGUUGAUUCAGCGGCGACCCACCACAUGUGCAACGAUAAGAAACUGUUUGUGUCUUUUACACCGCAGGAAGGUGCGAUUCACCAGGCGGAUGACCACACUAUUCCCAGUAAAGGCUACGGAACUAUUGUUCUUCACAGUUUGGACUUAUCGAUACAGAAUGUGCUUUACGUGCCAGACGCCAAACAUAAUCUGCUCAGCGUUGGACAGCUGAAUGAGCGGAACAUUGACGUUUCCUUCAAGAACAAGAAGUGCAUCAUCACAAAGAAAAAUGAUUAUGUAUUGCAUGCAGAAUAUGUUGAUCAUUUGUUUGUUUUGUAUUAUGAUGAUGUGGUGCAGGAUGACACUUGUUGCAUUGCAGGUUCUAACAAAAGUUUGCAUGCAGAAUGUAUUCACGAUUUUCAUCGAAAAUUUGGUCAUUUGCAUUUUGAGGCAGUAUCUAAAAUGCCUGCCUUGGUUGAAGGUAUGACUAUUAAACCCUGCAGGUACCACAUGAAGUGCAAAGCAUGCGCAGCAAACAAGGUGAAAAUGGCUGCGAAAGGUAAGGUGUCUAGUAGGAAAGCUACAGAACCAUACCAGGUUGUUCAUGCUGAUUUGGUUGGACCACUAGCGCCCUCUUUGGGUGGAAAUAGAUACUUCAUGGUUCUCAUUGAUGCAUUUUCUAGAUAUAUUUUUGUGUACAAUCUCAUGCAGAAAUCGGAGGCUUUUCCUAGGUUCAAGGAAUUCUGUGCUUGGUUGGAAAAUGUGCAUGGUAAGAAGAUAAAGACUCUUUUCAGUGAUCGCGGGGGGGAAUUCACUUCUCAGCAGUUUGAAGCUUUUCUGACUGAGAAAGGAAUUCAACACGAUUUGUCUAGUCCUCGCUCGCCAUGGCAGAAUGGACUUGCGGAACAGGCAAAUCAGACAUUGCUUCAAGGGUUAAAAACCUUGCUGCAUGAUGCCAAUCUUCCAGAGAGUUAUUGGGCCGAAUCUCUCUCGUGUUUUGUUUACAGUUACAAUCGCAGGUUAUCUUCAGCGAUUGGUUGUACCCCUAUGAGAAGAUGUUUGGCAAGAAGCCAUACAUCAAACACAUGAAGAUUUUGGUUCCGACAUGUGGGUUCGCUCACCACAAAACUCCAAGUUAGACAAGCGUGGAUUGCAUGGUAUCUUUCUAGGUUAUCAGAAAGGGUCUUACAGAAUAAUGAUGACUGACUCUAAGACAAUUAAGCUCACGAGAAGUGUUGAGUACAAUGCAAAGUGGGGGGAGAAUGUGGGAAUUUUCCAAUGUUAUCCUGAUGACGGUGAUGAGACUGAGGAUAGUCAAAAGCAACCACAUCAGCCCACACCCACUGAUGAAGGUUCUGAGUCUGAAUCUGAAACUGAAUCGGGUGAUUCAGAGGAUUUCGAGAGUGCGAAAGCCUCUAUGCGACCCUCUGAAAGCUCUGAUCAAGAAUUGGAGGAACCAUUGUUCACAAUAGGUCGUUUUUCUCCUAAGAAGGAAGAGGAGAGUGUUGAAGACUUAAGGCUAAUUCGUAGGUCACAGAGAGCCACAAAGGCAAACCUCCAAAGAGAUUUGCUGAUGAGUUUGCUAAGAUAGCAGUAACAGCUGUUAAAAGCUCCAAGAAGGUAUUUGAACCUUCAAGUUUCCAAGAAAUCCAGGGUUUGGAUUCAAAGGAAGCUGAGCCAUGGUUAAAUGCCAUGAAGGCUGAGCUUGAUUCCUUAGAAAGGAACAAAACAUGGGAGCUAGUUCCAGUAGUUCCAGGAAUGAAACUGCUUGGAAGCAAAUGGGUCUUCAAAGCGAAGACAGAUCAAAAUGGCAAGAUAGUCAGACACAAAGCCAGAUUGGUAGCCAGAGGUUUUGCACAGGUACCAGGUGAAGACUAUCACGAGACCUAUUCACCCACAGUGAGAUAUGAAAGCAUUAGGCUUAUGCUCAAGCUAGCUGCAGAGGAAAAUCUACACAUUAGUCACCAUGAUAUUAAUACAGCUUUUCUGUACGGAUCUCUAGAUGAAUCACUUUAUAUGCUUCCACCUGAUGGCGUACAGGUAAAACAGGGAUUUGUUUGUGCUCUGAAGAAAUCCCUUUAUGGUCUCAAACAAAGUGCACGGUGUUGGCACACAAAACUCACUGAAGUAUUGUUUUCUCUAGGUUUUCAGCAAGGAAAGCUGAUCCAUGUGUAUUUGUCAAGAGGAGGGGCAAAAGAAACUAUACUGUUUGUUUUUAUGUUGAUGAUUUAUUAUUCUUUUGGAAAGAUGUUGCAAUGUACAAUAGCGCCCUAGCUCAACUGAAAGAGCACUUUGACAUGAAAGAUCUUGGUGAGGUAAACAACUACCUAUCUCUGGAAAUAGAGAAAGGUCAAGAUGGUAACAUUCUAGUACACCAGUCACGGAAAAUUGCUGAUGUGUUAAGCAAACUAAAUCUGAUGGAUGCUAACCCUGUAGACACACCGAUGACAACAGGUUAUCAGGUAGAUGACACUGAAGAAGCAUUUUCUAACACUACACUGUACAGGAGUGUGCUAGGCAAGCUAAACUUCAUUGCCAGAUGUUCAAGACCAGACAUUGCUGUUAGCUGUAAUUUGCUAAGCAGACAAGUCAACAAUCCUAGUGUCAAGGAUUGGAAAGCUCUGAAACGCAUAGCGCGGUAUUUGAAAGGCACUAUGCAUUACAGACUGAGAUUUAACAAUCAGAAGUCUGGUGGUCUUGAGAUAUUUGCAGAUGCAAGUUUUGGAAGUGACGCUACAGACAGGAAAAGUACGUCUGGAGUUUGCUAUAUGUACAAUCAGAGUCUGUUUGAUUGGUCAUGCAAGAAGCAAACAACAGUUAGCUUAAGUACUUGUGAAGCCGAACUGAAUGCACUGUCUUAUUCACUUAAGGAUUGUGAAUGGUUAGUACAAUUGUGCAAAGAUAUGAAAAUUCCUGUCAAAUGUCCAAUCCAGGUUUACCAGGACAACAAAGCAUGUUUGGCUUUGCUGAAGUCUGAAGGUUGUAAGCAAAGCACAAAGCACUUGCAAUUAAAGUUGCAGCAUGCUAGGGAAUGUAUUCAGAAGGGACUCGUAACGGUGUCCUAUAUGCCAGGUAAUGAAAUUCCUGCUGAUGUAUUGUCCAAGAUUGUAUCAAGGGAUCAACACUGUACCUAUGUGCAGAAGUUGGGUUUGUACUGAUAUUGUGCAAACACGCUGCCCAGUGAUGUUCACAGAAAGGGGGAGGAUGUUGGUUUCUGCUUUCCUUCACUGUGCAGCUCUGCUUGUCACGAGACAGGUGUUUACAUUCCACAGUCUGUACUGUUGGAGUUUCUCACGGGAAAGGGAGACUGGAUGUGACGUACACUGGUUUCCUGUUUUUCACUGUGUGAUUCUCUCCGAGCUGACGAGGAGAGAGGAUGCAUUUUCUGCUCCUGCAGAGGCAAGAUGUCUUUCUGUAAUAUACCAGCUUUGAACUGUAAAUAAAGCAAUAUAGAGUAUGUAGCACGUAUUCCUCAUCCUUCCGCUGGGCACAAGACUCUGCUUAAAUCAACAAUAUAUUCAUUUAUUAAUUAGAUUUAUAUACCACCCUUCAUUGAAAGAUCUCAGGGCUGCUCACAAGAUAAAAAUACAAGAUAAAAGCACAAAUGAUAGUUAAAAGCAGUGCUUUUUUUCUGGGGGGACACAGGGGUACGCAUACCCCCACACUUUUUUCAAAGAGGGCCAGAUUUGAUGAAGUCAACAUGCGUGAGGGCUGACCAAAGUUGAAGUAGGAUUGAAUUUGCUGAGCUUUUUUUUAGGGUUUUACAUGUACUACCACGGGGGCCGGAUUAAAUCGCCUGGGUUAGGCCCCCAAAAGGGACUUUGCACAUGCCUGCCCUAAACAUUUUGUGAAUCUUUGCACUUUUGUCCAUUUACUGUAUUUCUUUUUCCCAAUUUGAACUAUAAAACGGUGGUUUUCUUGAGUCAAAAUGAGAGUACCCCUAAACUUUUUUUAAAAAAGAAAAAGCACUGGUUAAAACAGACGUAACAAAGCAGUAGCCACCACAAACACAUGUAAAAACUGUAGAAUAUUAAAUAUUGAAGAAGAAUGUUUUUGCUUGGUGCCUUGCUCUCUUCUAAUGGCAACGGCCCGCGCCUGAGGUGCCGGAACUGAGUUCCACUGAGUUGGAAAUCCCCUUGCUCUUUGCAUGAAUGAAAUUCUGCAGACUGGUUGCAUGCCAGGGAUGCAGCUGGUACAUGCAGUCUGCCUUGGCAGGCGUCAAGCAAGACAUGUCAACCAACUAUUGCUCAUUAUUCCAAACAGAGGAAGCAGGCUUGUAUCAAGUAAAACAACUGGGCUAGCUCAUUCUCUUUUUUUUAAAUAAUUUUUAUUGAUUUUAACUUAUAAAUUAUAAAAUGUACCACAAAACUUAUCACUUAUACAAUCUUUUUAGACUUCCAUCAGCACCUCUGAUGAUCCACCGUUUUAACCACUUCUUAUGCAUUUCUUAACUUUAUAUUGCCUUUACAUCUCUUAACAAAUCAUCCUUCCCCUUCUCCAUUUUUGCAAUACUUCCAAUAAUACUCCUCACAAAAUCUUGCAAACCUACAAACAUCGUUUGAUCUUCACAAAUACUUUUCAAAUAGUCCGUAAAUUUACUCCAGUCUUCUGUGAAUUUAGGAUUUCGAAUCCUUCCUGUUAGUUUAUCUAAUUCUGCAUAGUCCAUUAACUUCAUCCUCCAUUCUUCAAUCGUCGGUAAUUCUUCUUGCUUCCAUUUUUGGGCCAAUAAUAUUCUUGCUGCUGUUACUGCAUAUAAAAAAGCUUCUAUUCCUUUCUAUUUAUAUCACUCCCAACAAUGCCCAGUAAAAAUGCUUCUGGUUGGGUUAUCUCAUUCUCUAGGGCAGGGGUUGGCAAAGUUUUUGUGGCUUGGGCCUGUUCACAGUCCCGCGGCUUGUCGUUUUCUUGUACCGGCAGCCUGCUCUGCCAAGUGAUGCCCUCUUCAUGGUCUCUUCUGUCUAGGUCUCUGUGGAACAUUUUGCUAUGUGUGUUUGGGAUGCCAAGUUGCCGCAGAUAUGAAUGAAUGUUGCCUCUGCGGCACAAGCGUGGCAAUGAGGUCCGUCUACCGAACCAAGUAUGGGAUCCCGGUAAGUGUAGCUAGCCUGGCGAGGGCAGAUCCAGGUUUUAAGGAUCUACAGCGAGUUGUUUUAUUUUUACUAGAACCUCAGGUGCAAAAUAGCAGCUUGUGUAUGUGCGUGUAGAUACUCUCAUUACUAAUUCUUUAUAGUAAUUGAUAAGUGUGAACUGUUAAUUAUUUGCUGAUGUUUAAUUUUACUGUUUACUAUUGGAUUCUAAUGGAUUGUUGAAUAUUUUAAAGUCAUUGUGACUUUUUAUAUUGGAUCAGAUUGUUACUAUUGAUGUUUGAUUUUUAAAAUUAUUUUUAUACCUGAUGGAAGCUGCCCAGAGUGGCAGGGGCAACCCAGCCGCAGGAGCAGGGUCUAAAUAAAUUAUUAUUAUUAUACAAUUAAGGAAUAAGGUGCCUCUGAGCACACCUACACAUUUAUUUUUAGUACCAGACUUGAGCACACAGGUCACACCCAUGCCACACAUUUAAAUGCUCUUUACAGUAAGCCUGCAACUUAUGCGGGUGUUACGUCCCAGAGAUUGCUCCUAAAGCCAAAACCAUGUGUAGUCAAACACAUUGGGUUCAAUGGCGAGUGGGAUUGCGGGUCGUUUUUCCCGGAACCUUGCCCACUUUUAAUGUUUUUUGUUUUUAAUUGCCACACAUGUGAAGCUCAUUUAUAGCCCACCCUGAGCCCGGUCUUGGCUGGGGAGGGCGGGGUAUAAAUAAAAAAUUAUUGUUAUUAUUAUUAAAUGCACACAAGCCACAGGCUUAACUGCACCACUUUAGCUUUCCCCAAAGAAUCCCAAGGACUGUAGUUUCCUUUCAUUCUUUUAAAAAAAUGUCUAUAUUUUUCUGUCUCAAAAUAGGGCUGUAGAUUCUUAGGGGUGCUGAGAGUUGUAAGGAGAUCUUGUCAUAGAGCUACAAUUCCCAGCACCCUUGAACUAUACUUUCUAGAUUCUUUGGGGAAGUAAUUACUGUUUAAGGGUGUGGAUGUGACCAGUGUCCUUUCCACAUGCAGUCACACCUCGUUUUCCCUUCAGGUUUUCUUAAUUUCAGCUAAUUUAGAGGGGGGUAAGGAGUCUUUGGGACGCGGGUGGUGCUGUGGGUUAAACCACAGAGCCUAGGACUUGCUGAUCAGAAGGUCGGCGGUUCGAAUCCCCGCAAUGGGGUGAGCGCCCGUUGCUCGGUCCCUGCUUCUGCCAAUCUAGCAGUUCGAAAGCACAUCAAAGUGCAAGUAGAUAAAUAGGUACCGCUCCGGUGGGAAGGUAAAUGGUGUUUCCGUGUGCUGCUCUGGUUCACUGGCUUAGUCAUGCUGGCCACAUGACCCGGAAGCUGUACACCGGCUCCCUCGGCCAAUAAAGCGAGAUGAGCGCCGCAACCCCAGAGUCGGCCACAACUGGACCUAAUGGUCAGGGGUCCCUUUAAGGAGUCUUUGUGUUUAGCACUGUUAAACAGUUGGGAGCCAGAUUCCCUGGGCAAUCUACUGCAAAGAUCACCCAGUAGAUUCCAUCUACGUUUACUGCCCUUUCUUGCUACUUGCUACAAAAGGCUUUGGGGUUCAGUUACAGGCAUUUAAAUAUAUGCCCCACGUGAAGUUUGUCCCAAGCUGCCUGUUGACUCAUCUGUAUUUAAUAUUUCUUUUUCCAAAUAUUAUCUACUAUUUGCCUCAUUUCUUUUUAACAGGGAUCCAUCUGCGAUGACUACUGCACUCUCUGGUGUUACCCUCAAUGUGCCCUUUGCCAACUCAAGAGAGACAUCAAUAGAAGGCGUGAACAAGGAAUCUUUUAG